UGUUGCCGAGUCAUGUGACGACGAUUGCUAUUAGCGAUCAGCUGAUCAAAGAAAGAAGCAGGAACAUGAGGGCGAGCGUGGGUCUUUUGAUGGCUAUAGGUUUCUAUUUGUAUUCACCAAGCUCGUCGAGAACAUUUCAGAUUGACUAUGACAAAGACUGUUUCCUGAAGGAUGGAAAACAUUUCCGUUAUAUUUCGGGAAGCCUGCAUUAUUCUCGCGUACCUCGAUUCUACUGGAAGGACCGCCUGAUGAAAAUGUACAUGGCAGGAUUGAAUGCAGUUCAAACGUAUGUGCCAUGGAAUUAUCAUGAAAUUGCACCAGGAAAAUAUGACUUCACUGGAGACCGAGAUUUAGAAGCCUUUUUAAAGUUGGCCAAUGAUGUUGGCUUGUUGGUCAUCUUACGAGCUGGUCCCUAUAUUUGUGCAGAAUGGGACAUGGGUGGUUUCCCUGCCUGGCUACUGCAGAAAGACUCAAUUGUUCUCCGAUCUUCAGAUCCAGUUUACCUCGAGUAUGUUGACAAAUGGAUGAGUGUGCUCUUGCCCAAGGUGAAACAAUUUCUGUAUCAGCAUAAUGGACCAAUCAUUACUGUACAGGUGGAGAAUGAAUAUGGCAGCUACUUUGCAUGCGACUAUGAUUACUUACGACAUCUGUUAAAGCUCUUUCGGAAGUAUCUGGGAAAUGAGAUCAUUUUGUUUACAACGGAUGGCGCAAGCAUAGGGGAUCUCAAGUGUGGCUCUUUGCAAGGAAUGUAUGCAGCCGUAGAUUUUGGGCCAGGUGGAAACGUGACUGAACAUUUCAGUGCUCAAAGAUCUUUUGAACCCCGAGGGCCACUGGUAAACUCUGAAUUUUAUACAGGAUGGUUGGAUCACUGGGGUCAGAGACAUUCUGUGGUUGGGAAGGAGAUUGUUGCUCAAUCAUUGGAUGAUAUUCUUGCCAUUGGUGCUAAUGUUAACAUGUACAUGUUUGAAGGUGGAACUAAUUUUGGCUAUUGGAAUGGAGCAAACUCUCCAUAUAACCCACAGCCUACAAGCUAUGAUUAUGAUGCUCCUUUAUCAGAAGCAGGAGACCCAACAGAAAAAUACUUCGCCAUUAGGGAAGUUAUUGGCAAGUACAAGAAGUUACCAGCUGGCCCUGUUUUACCAGCAACCCCAAAAUUUGCAUAUGGGUUAAUCGAAGUUAAAAAGUUACGGAGUGUUGUAGAAUUGCUGAGCUUGCUGUCAUCUGCCUCUGUCAACUCAGAAUAUCCACUUACGUUUGUUGAAAUGAAGCAGGUGAAUCUUUACUACUUUUUUCCUCAGUAUUUUGGAUACAUGCUAUAUCGAACUACUCUCCCAAUAAAUUGCACUCGGCCUACUGCACUGUCAUCACCUUUGAAUGGGGUUCAUGACCGGGCCUAUGUCAUGGUGGAUGGGGUAUUUCAAGGUAUUCUGGAAAGAAAUAAGGUCAACCUGAUAAACAUCACUGGUCAAGCUGGAUCACAGCUUGAUAUGUUAGUUGAAAACAUGGGUAGAAUAAAUUUUGGAAAAUACAUCAAUGAUUUUAAGGGGCUGGUGACAAAUCUUACUCUGGCUUCAACAAUCCUGACUAACUGGACUGUCUACUCGUUAAAUAUUGAUGAAGCCAUAUCGAAGGGCCUCUUGAAUAAGCAGCAGAAUCUUCCAGGGCUAACUUCUACAGCCAAUAUCAAUGUGCCGUCCUUUUACUUGGGUUCCUUUGUGAUUCCAAGUGGCAUUCCUGACCUACCUCAAGAUACUUUCCUUAAAUUUCCAGGAUGGACGAAGGGUCAAGUGUGGAUCAACGGCUUCAACUUGGGUCGCUACUGGCCAGCUAGAGGGCCCCAGGUCACUCUGUAUGUUCCUGCUUAUGUUCUGAGCACAUCUGCAGUUAAUAACAUCACGGUGUUGGAGCUGGAGAUGGCACCUUGCAAAGAAGAGCUCGGAAUGUUUUGUGCUGUGGAAUUUGUGGACACACCUGUCCUGAAUGGCACCACAGCUUAUACCAACACAGACAGUGACCUUUUCAGGAAACAUUACAAGCAUACUUGAAUUGCAUAUUUAAUGUGGUUCUUCUAAAGUGAAGGGUCAGUCAGUGAGGAGCACAGUAAACAUGAUGAUUUUUCACAGCAGCUGCUUUUAGCUUUGCAAGUGCAAGUUGGUAGUAAAUAACUAACCUUGCUAGCACAAAGCCAGCUGUGGAUUUGAAUUUAAGGGAAGGUCAAGAAAUGAAUGUAUCCUAAAGGCAAAAUCUUUCCCUCUUUGUUUGAAACUGGUGACAGUAUCAGUGAGAUCGUGCAAUCUUUUGCUGGAGGAAAAGCUAAUCUUGGGGAAACAAAAUUCUUGAGAAAGGAAAUUUUAUUUCUGGUGAUCACAGUCACUCAUAUGAUACUGGUUCAAUUAAUAUUUAUCGAUAUUUGAUUUAAUGCAGUCUUGGGAGAAAUUCAGUUUUAUUGAUGAUUGAUUGUAAAUUUAAAAAACCCUGACUAUGAUCAAACUUGUAUGUUUUAUGCAUAAAUGCUGAUUUAUAUGAAUCUUCCCUUUUUACUUGUAUGGUUUUUUUUAAUAUCAAACUGAAUAAAAAAUUGU